AUGAAUUUAGGUGAAGAUAUGUACAGGUUAAUGUAUCAAUGCAAUGGUAUGUCGGGUUUAACAUUAUUUAAAAAUUAUGAGGAUACACAAGAAUUAAGCAGUAUCAUAGGUGUAACACCUCAGAGGAUUAGUCAAAUGAGCAGAGAAGAGAGGUUGAUGGAAGCAAUAAAUGAAAUUCAAAACGAUACAGGUUUUACUCAAAAGGAGCUCUCUCAAAAGUAUGGACCAAGAGGUAGAUAUCUCACCGAAGCAGAAGAAUUAGAGAUGAUAAAGAUGGUAGAAGAAUCAAACACCAAGAAUAUUCCGAUAACGAAAGAGAAUAUUCUAAAUUGGGUGGUCGGAAAGUUAAGAAAGGUUAAGUUUCAAGAUGAAGCCAUAUUAAAAGCGGAUAAAGAGGCCGAUAUUCAAGGUUUCAUCAAGAGUGUUCAUAAAGUGAUAGUAGAAAACUAA